AAACAGUAUAGAUUUUGAAGUAUUUUCAUGAUAGAAAUUGGUAUUUAAAUAGCACUUAAUAUGGAAAAGUUAAAAGAGAAAAUAAGUUUGUUACGUAUGGAAGCAGAGGAAGCAAAUGGACGAGCAGAUGAAGCAGCAGCUCGGAUCAAGCAAUUAGAAUAUGAAUUGGCAUUGAAGGAACAAGAAUGUGUGAGUUUAAUGCAUAAAAAUGAACUUUUAGAAGGUGAAAUUGAACGAUUGGAAGCGCAAUUAUUGGAAGUAAAAACGGCAGUAGAAGAUGAAUCAGGAUCUCGUAAUAUAAGUGAAUGUCUUCAAAAAAAAAUCCAAAUUCUUGAAGAGGAACUUGAAUUAAAUGAUUCAAAUCUUCGAAAAACAACAGAUGCAUUACGACUAAUGGACGUUAAAACAGAACAUUUUGAACGUAGGGUAUCAGUAUUGGAAAAAGAACGUGACGAAAUUGAGGCAAAAUAUGAAGAAAUGACUAGAAAAUAUGAACAUGUCAAAGCAGAGUUGGAUGAAGUUAAUCAGCAACUUGAAAGUCUUUAA